AUGGUGAGUAGCAAACAUAUUCGUUCCUCAGCAGUGGUAUCUGACGGCACCAACUCGGCAUCUGUGACCUUGACCCUAACAGUAACAAAUAUCAACGACAACACCCCAGUCAUCACUGUCACUGACGUGGACAUCACCAUCGACGAGGAGAAGCCAUCCGGCACAAGCGCUGGCUUUGUGUUUUCCGCCUCUGAUGCUGAUGCUGGCACAACACUAGUGUACACCCUCACAGACGCGACCAAUUUCAACAUUGAUUCCACAAACGGUGCCAUCACACUCAACACUAAAAUUGAUGUGGAUCCUGCAAUGGCAAAUGUAGUCUAUCAUCCAGUGCUUCAUGUAUCUGACGGCACCAACUCGGCAUCCGUGACCUUGACCCUAACAGUAACAAAUAUCAACGACAACACCCCAGUCAUCACUGUCACUGACGUGGACAUCACCAUCGACGAGGAGAAGCCAUCCGGCACAAGCGCUGGCUUUGUGUUUUCCGCCUCUGAUGCUGAUGCUGGCACAACACUAGUGUACACCCUCACAGACGCGACCAAUUUCAACAUUGAUUCCACAAACGGUGCCAUCACACUCAACACUAAAAUUGAUGUGGAUCCUGCAAUGGCAAAUGUAGUCUAUCAUCCAGUGCUUCAUGUAUCUGACGGCACCAACUCGGCAUCCGUGACCUUGACCCUAACAGUAACAAAUAUCAACGACAACACCCCAGUCAUCACUGUCACUGACGUGGACAUCACCAUCGACGAGGAGAAGCCAUCCGGCACAAGCGCUGGCUUUGUGUUUUCCGCCUCUGAUGCUGAUGCUGGCACAACACUAGUGUACACCCUCACAGACGCGACCAAUUUCAACAUUGAUUCCACAAACGGUGCCAUCACACUCAACACUAAAAUUGAUGUGGAUCCUGCAAUGGCAAAUGUAGUCUAUCAUCCAGUGCUUCAUGUAUCUGACGGCACCAACUCGGCAUCCGUGACCUUGACCCUAACAGUAACAAAUAUCAACGACAACACCCCAGUCAUCACUGUCACUGACGUGGACAUCACCAUCGACGAGGAGAAGCCAUCCGGCACAAGCGCUGGCUUUGUGUUUUCCGCCUCUGAUGCUGAUGCUGGCACAACACUAGUGUACACCCUCACAGACGCGACCAAUUUCAACAUUGAUUCCACAAACGGUGCCAUCACACUCAACACUAAAAUUGAUGUGGAUCCUGCAAUGGCAAAUGUAGUCUAUCAUCCAGUGCUUCAUGUAUCUGACGGCACCAACUCGGCAUCCGUGACCUUGACCCUAACAGUAACAAAUAUCAACGACAACACCCCAGUCAUCACUGUCACUGACGUGGACAUCACCAUCGACGAGGAGAAGCCAUCCGGCACAAGCGCUGGCUUUGUGUUUUCCGCCUCUGAUGCUGAUGCUGGCACAACACUAGUGUACACCCUCACAGACGCGACCAAUUUCAACAUUGAUUCCACAAACGGUGCCAUCACACUCAACACUAAAAUUGAUGUGGAUCCUGCAAUGGCAAAUGUAGUCUAUCAUCCAGUGCUUCAUGUAUCUGACGGCACCAACUCGGCAUCCGUGACCUUGACCCUAACAGUAACAAAUAUCAACGACAACACCCCAGUCAUCACUGUCACUGACGUGGACAUCACCAUCGACGAGGAGAAGCCAUCCGGCACAAGCGCUGGCUUUGUGUUUUCCGCCUCUGAUGCUGAUGCUGGCACAACACUAGUGUACACCCUCACAGACGCGACCAAUUUCAACAUUGAUUCCACAAACGGUGCCAUCACACUCAACACUAAAAUUGAUGUGGAUCCUGCAAUGGCAAAUGUAGUCUAUCAUCCAGUGCUUCAUGUAUCUGACGGCACCAACUCGGCAUCCGUGACCUUGACCCUAACAGUAACAAAUAUCAACGACAACACCCCAGUCAUCACUGUCACUGACGUGGACAUCACCAUCGACGAGGAGAAGCCAUCCGGCACAAGCGCUGGCUUUGUGUUUUCCGCCUCUGAUGCUGAUGCUGGCACAACACUAGUGUACACCCUCACAGACGCGACCAAUUUCAACAUUGAUUCCACAAACGGUGCCAUCACACUCAACACUAAAAUUGAUGUGGAUCCUGCAAUGGCAAAUGUAGUCUAUCAUCCAGUGCUUCAUGUAUCUGACGGCACCAACUCGGCAUCCGUGACCUUGACCCUAACAGUAACAAAUAUCAACGACAACACCCCAGUCAUCACUGUCACUGACGUAGACAUCACCAUCGACGAGGAGAAGCCAUCCGGCACAAGCGCUGGCUUUGUGUUUUCCGCCUCUGAUGCUGAUGCUGGCACAACACUAGUGUACACCCUCACAGACGCGACCAAUUUCAACAUUGAUUCCACAAACGGUGCCAUCACACUCAACACUAAAAUUGAUGUGGAUCCUGCAAUGGCAAAUGUAGUCUAUCAUCCAGUGCUUCAUGGUGAGUAG